GCGGCGGCGGCGCGGGACUCGGGGCGCGGGUGUGCAAGCGACAAGGUGCGCGGCGGCCGUACGUCCCCGGGCCCGCGGCGACCCCGAAGAUGGCGGUGCAACCGAAGGACACGCUGCAGCUGGACGGCGCGGCCGAGCUGGGCUUCGUGCGCUUCUUCCAGGCCAUGCCCGACAAGCCGAGCACCACGGUGCGCCUGUUCGACCGCGGCGACUUCUACACGGCGCACGGCGGGGACGCGAUCCUGGCCGCCCGCGACGUCUUCAAGACCCAGGCGGUCGUCAAGUUCCUGGGCCCGGCAGGAGCAAAGACUCUGGAGAGUGUUGUGCUGAGUAAGAUGAAUUUUGAGUCUUUUGUAAAAGAUCUUCUGCUGGUUCGGCAGUAUCGAGUUGAAGUUUUCAAGAAUAGAGCUGGAAAUAAGGCAUCCAAGGAGAAUGAUUGGUAUUUGGCGUUUAAGGCCUCCCCGGGAAACCUCUCUCAGUUCGAGGACGUCCUUUUCAGCAACACUGAUACAUCAGCAUCCAUUGGCGUGGUGGGCAUCAGGGUGUCAACAGCAGAUGGCCAGCGGCAGGUGGGCGUCGGGUAUGUGGACUCAGCUCAGCGCAAGCUCGGCCUCUGCGAGUUCGCAGACAAUGACCAGUUCUCCAACCUUGAGUCACUCCUGAUCCAGGUCGGGCCCAAGGAAUGCAUCCUGCCUGUGGGGGACGCUGCUGGGGACAUGGGGAAACUGAGGCAGGUUAUUCAGAGAGGAGGAAUUCUGAUCACAGAGCGGAAAAGAACUGACUUUUCCACAAAAGACAUUUAUCAGGACCUCAACCGCUUGUUGAAAGGCAAGAAAGGGGAACACAUGAAUAGCGCCGUCUUGCCAGAAAUGGAGAAUCAGGUCGCCGUUUCCUCACUGUCUGCAGUAAUCAAGUUUCUGGAGCUCUUAGCAGAUGACUCCAACUUUGGGCAGUUUGAACUGACCACUUUCGACUUCGGCCAGUACAUGAAGUUGGACAUGGCAGCUGUCAGAGCCCUGAAUCUUUUCCAGGGUUCUGUGGAAGACACCACUGGCUCGCAGUCACUGGCUGCCUUGCUGAAUAAAUGCAAAACCCCUCAAGGACAAAGGCUGGUGAAUCAGUGGAUCAAGCAGCCACUCCUGGAUAAAAGCAGAAUCGAAGAGAGGUUGAAUCUGGUGGAAGCAUUUGUCGAAGAUGCAGAAUUGAGGCAGAGCCUGCAGGAAGAUCUGCUCCGUCGUUUCCCCGAUCUGAACCGGCUGGCUAAGAAGUUCCAGCGGCAGGCUGCGAACUUGCAGGACUGCUACCGGCUCUACCAGGCCAUCAAUCAGCUCCCGAGUGUCAUCAAGGCGCUGGAGAAGUAUGAAGGAAAAUACCAUACGUUGCUGGUGGCUGUAUUUGUGACUCCGCUUAUUGAUCUUCGUUCUGAUUUCUCCAAGUUCCAAGAAAUGAUAGAAACAACUUUAGAUAUGGAUCAGGUGGAAAAUCAUGAAUUCCUUGUCAAACCUUCAUUCGAUCCUAAUCUGAGCGAAUUGAGAGAAAUAAUGAACAACUUGGAAAAGAAGAUUCAGUCCACAUUAUCAAGUGCCGCUAGAGAGCUAGGCUUGGAUCCUGGCAAACAGAUUAAACUGGACUCCAGCACGCAGUUGGGGUAUUACUUCCGUGUAACCUGUAAAGAGGAAAAGGUCCUUCGCAACAAUAAAAACUUCAGUACUGUAGACAUCCAGAAGAAUGGUGUCAAGUUCACCAACAGUGCACUGACCUCUCUCAAUGAAGAGUACAUGAAAAACAAAACUGAGUAUGAAGAAGCCCAGGAUGCGAUUGUUAAAGAAAUUGUCAAUAUUUCUUCAGGCUACGUGGAACCGAUGCAGAUAUUCAACGACGUGCUGGCCCAGCUCGAUGCUGUUGUCAGCUUCGCCCAUGUGUCCAACGGCGCACCGGUCCCCUACGUGCGGCCCGUGAUCCUGGAACGGGGCCAGGGACGCCUCCUCCUGAAAGCGGCCCGGCAUGCCUGCGUUGAGAUGCAAACCGACAUCGCCUUUAUCCCUAACGACGUCCACUUCGAAAAGGACAAGCAGAUGUUCCACAUCAUCACAGGUCCCAAUAUGGGAGGCAAGUCCACAUACAUUCGCCAGACGGGCCUGAUCGUCCUCAUGGCCCAGAUUGGGUGCUUCGUGCCCUGUGAGUCCGCUGAGGUGUCGAUCGUGGACUGCAUCCUGGCCCGAGUUGGGGCUGGCGACAGUCAGCUCAAGGGGGUGUCCACGUUCAUGGCCGAAAUGCUGGAGACAGCAUCCAUCCUCAGGUCCGCAACCAAAGACUCCCUGAUCAUCAUCGAUGAGUUGGGCCGAGGAACCUCCACCUAUGAUGGCUUUGGUCUGGCCUGGGCCAUCUCUGAGUACAUCGCCACCAAGAUUGGGGCCUUCUGCAUGUUCGCAACCCACUUCCACGAGCUCACCGCCUUGGCCAACCAGGUCCCCACAGUUCAGAAUCUGCAUGUCACUGCACUGACCUCCGAGGAGACCCUGGUCAUGCUGUACCAGGUGAAGAGAGGUGUCUGUGAUCAGAGUUUUGGCAUCCAUGUGGCAGAGCUCGCGAAUUUCCCAAGGCAUGUGGUCGAGAGUGCAAGGCAGAAAGCCCAGGAGCUAGAAGAGUUUCAGAAUAUCGGGGAACCACCCUGUGAUGAUGACAUGGAGCCUGCAGCUAAGAGAUGCUAUCUGGAAAGAGAGCAAGGUGAAAAAAUUAUCCAGGAGUUUCUGGCCAAGGUCAAACAAGUGCCCUUCAAUGAAAUGUCGCAAGAAAACAUCACCAACAAGCUCAAACAGCUGAAAGCAGAGGUGGUAGCAAAGAAUAAUAGUUUUGUAAACGAAAUCAUUAAGCGGAUCAAGGUGACCGAGUGAGAGAACGAGAGACCUUGGUGGCAGAUGGUCUGCUUUU